GCUGUCAAAACAUAUAUAAACAGAAAUAAUUCUAGAUGUUGCUACAGUUUGUUAAUUGCAAAUAAGAUUACCUUUCCGAAAGAGAUUCACCAUGGCUUAUGACGCUGCUGCCCACGACGAUGGACCAGGGUUUGUUGGUAUCCGUUUUUGUCAAGAAUGCAAUAAUAUGUUGUACCCGAAAGAGGAUAAAGAAAACAAAAUCCUGCUGUACGCGUGCCGAAAUUGUGAUUACAAACAAGAAGCCGAUUCCAACUGCAUCUACGUGAACAAAAUUAUGCACGAAAUUGACGAGUUAACGCAUAUUGUGCCAGACGUAAUAUCGGAUCCAACACUACCCCGAACGGAGGAACAUGCUUGUCCCAAGUGCACUCAUCGGGAAGCAGUCUUUUUCCAGGCACAAACACGACGAGCUGAAGAGGAAAUGAGACUGUAUUAUGUGUGUACUAAUCCGAAUUGCUGCCACCGUUGGACUGAAUGAGCUACUCUUCUGUAUAAUAUUUCUCCAAUCAUCGUGCUUUUCUUCUACUGAAGAACGUAAUAAAUUAUUCUGUACAAUUACUACGAAUGUGUUUCGACACAUUUCAACAUCGAUGAUGGACACAACAAGACGCCAAUAAAGACACUGGUUUUGAAAUUGCUAAUAAAAAUUCUGUAAUUAAAAUGA